GAAUCUUUGCCUAUCUCAACUACCAUGUGCCAAGAACUCGCCGUGAGAUCCUUGAGAUCCUCCUCAAAGGACUGCAACGUCUAGAGUACAGAGGCUAUGACUCAGCUGGAGUGGGAAUUGAUGGUGGCAAUGGGAAGGAGUGGGAGUCAAACGCCAAGUCUAUCCAACUGAUCAAGACCUCUGGAAAAGUGAAAGCUCUGGAUGAGGAGAUCCACAAACAGCAGGAUAUCGACCUGGACGUGGAGUUUGAUGUUCACCUUGGCAUUGCUCACACCCGCUGGGCUACUCACGGCGUACCAAGCCCAGUUAACAGCCAUCCACACAGAUCUGACAAGACAAAUGAGUUUAUUGUCAUUCACAAUGGAAUUAUCACCAACUACAAAGACCUGAGGAAAUUCUUGGAGAGCAAAGGCUAUGAGUUUGAAUCUGAGACUGACACAGAGUCCAUCGCCAAGCUGGUGAAGUACAUGUAUGACAACCGGGAGAGUGACGACCUCAAUUUUUCUACACUGGUGGAACGGGUGAUCCAGCAGCUGGAGGGAGCUUUUGCCCUGGUCUUCAAGAGUGUCCACUACCCUGGAGAGGCAGUUGGCACAAGGAGGGGAAGUCCCCUGCUGAUGGGAGUGAGGAGUGAUCACAAGCUGUCCACAGAUCAUAUUCCUGUGCUCUACCGCUCCUCUGCUAAAGACAAAAAGGGCUGCAGUGCCCUACCCAGGGCAGACCAGGACACCUGUCUGUUCCCUGUGGAUGAGAAGGCUGUGGAAUACUACUUUGCCUCUGAUGCAAGCGCUGUGAUCGAGCACACAAACCGGGUGAUCUUCCUGGAGGACGACGACGUGGCCGCCGUGAUGGAAGGCCGCCUGUCCAUCCACAGGAUAAAGCGUACAGCUGGAGACUAUCCAGCCCGCGCCAUCCAGACCCUGCAAAUGGAGCUCCAGCAGAUCAUGAAGGGCAACUUCAGUGCCUUCAUGCAGAAGGAGAUCUUUGAGCAGCCAGAGUCUGUGGUCAACACCAUGAGAGGGAGGAUCAACUUUGACAACAACACAGUGAUCCUGGGUGGACUGAAGGACCACAUCAAAGAGAUCCAGAGGUGUCGGCGACUUAUCCUUAUUGCCUGUGGCACCAGCUACCAUGCCGGUGUGGCAACCCGCCAGGUCCUGGAGGAGCUAACCGAGCUGCCUGUCAUGGUGGAACUGGCCAGCGACUUCCUGGACAGGAACACUCCCGUCUUCCGAGACGACGUCUGCUUCUUUAUCAGCCAGUCAGGGGAGACUGCUGACAGCCUCAUGGCCCUGCGCUACUGUAAAGAGAGAGGAGCUCUGACUGUGGGCAUCACCAACACAGUGGGCAGCUCCAUCUCUAGGGAGACAGACUGCGGAGUCCACAUCAACGCCGGGCCUGAGAUCGGAGUAGCCAGCACCAAGGCCUACACCAGCCAGUUUGUUGCCCUGAUCAUGUUUGCACUCUUGAUGUGUGACGACAGGAUUUCCAUGCAGCCGAGACGCCGUGAGAUAAUCCAGGGUCUGAGAGUGCUUCCAGAUCUGAUUAAGGAGGUCCUCAGUUUGGAUGAUGAGAUCCAGAAGUUGGCAGAAGAGCUGUACCAGCAGAAGAGUGUACUGAUCAUGGGCAGAGGCUACCAUUAUGCUACCUGCCUGGAAGGAGCACUGAAAAUCAAGGAAAUCACAUACAUGCAUUCAGAGGGCAUCCUGGCUGGCGAGCUGAAACACGGCCCACUGGCCCUGGUGGAUAAACUCAUGCCGGUCAUCAUGAUCAUCAUGAGAGACCACACCUACAGCAAAUGUCAGAAUGCCCUGCAGCAAGUUUUUGCCCGCCAGGGCCGCCCCAUUGUAAUCUGUGACAAAGAUGACUACGAGACCAUCAAGAACUCCAGCCGCACCAUCAAAGUGCCUCACUGUGUAGACUGCCUGCAGGGCAUCCUGAGCGUCAUCCCACUGCAGCUGCUGUCCUUCCACCUGGCGGUCCUCCGAGGCUAUGACGUGGACUGUCCAAGAAACCUGGCCAAGUCUGUGACAGUAGAGUGAGCGACACCACCACAUUCAUCACCUAACAACAAAAGCCUGGCGGACACGUAUUCAAACACACAUGGAUGCGGCGAGGGAGCGUCUGUAUGCAGAAACCAAGAGAAAACUGUCUCGUUUGUGUCUUGUGUCAUGGCUGUUUUUUAAUGCAAUCUUUCACUCAACCGUUGUUUAUCUCACUGUUGUAUAUCAUCUGUAUAUCACCGUUAUUUUUUCUUUGGUGUCAUUGUCAUAUUCUUGUUGGAGUUGUGGUGUUUGUGGUGGCAGGUCUGGGCUAGCACUGACUCUUUAUCUCCAUUACUCUCUGGGUUUGUGAAGCCGUAGCAACGGACAGUGACCAUUAGGGUUUAUUCACUUUCACGCUCAAAACCCUCCAUGUUUAUUUGCGCUGAUUAGUCUCACUGGGAGCAUCUUGGAGCAGUAGACUGACAGAAGUUAGGUUUUAAAGACCGUACUGGCUCUUUUUUUUCUUCUCUACUGCAAUGAUUUGUAGUUGGGUUAUUUUUCUUUUUGGCAGCUAAUCAUCUGAAGCAUCUUCACUCCACAGUUGAAGUAAGCGACAGUCUUAAAUCAUUCCAAGCCGCAGGUCACCACUUCAUAAUUGCAGCGUUUCUCUCUUGGACUUUAGUCUGAGGACGCAUAACUUCUAGCAGAAGCAGCAUCACAAAUCCGAUCACAGAAAAGUGCGUUAAUACACUGUCUAAAAUGUUCUUGGGUAGGUUGCAAAAGUUUGUUCUUGUCUUAAACCUAGUGUUUCGGACUUCAGACCCUUGUCUCGGUCGGCGAGAAUAAGCCUCAUUUACUGGGCCAGUGUGACCUUUUGUUGCCAUAGACAAUUUCUGCAUUUAUUCUUCUCUGAACAUUAUACUCUAAAGCUAUUUGUGCACAAUUUAGUGUUUGAUUAUUUUCAACUCUGUUGCCUCACUGUUCAAAAGAGACUUAAGUGCUUAUAACAGGUCUCUGCUUUACAUUUAAAUUUAAACUGAAAGCUGAAGUAAAUCAAGCAAGAUGAAGUUACUAACCUGAAGUAGAAGUUGCACCCAGUUAGCAGCCCAUGGCCUUCCACCAUGACAUAGCUGCAAUACUGGGACCAUUUGAUGCAUUUUUUUUUUUUUUUGUCACGUUUCAUUUUCUUAAAGUUUAUUAUCGAAGUUACUCUUUGAUUUGAAAUGUGAAUGUUACAGUCUCUUGAAAUGUCCUGUCAAACCAAAAAUCUUAUUGGGUUUGGCAGUUGUAAACCAAAAUGUAGACAUUUUAUAUGUUCAUCCUAUAUUGUUUUUGUAUCUAAACAUAUACUGAUGCUGGUAGAUGCUUCAAGGCCUUAAAUGGGGCAUAUAGGGGGUUUUAUGGCAGUAUGUCAGACUGUAGAUGUUUUAGAUAGAAAGCCUAUGAGUGUGUGUGUAUGUGAGAGAAUCCAAAGGUCUUUGUUUGGAAGGCCAAGUAAAGAGCGAUGUUGUACACAAAGUUGUGUAGUGAAGAAUCAGGAGCUGCUUUUUGUCCCAUCACAUGUUAGGUUUAUUAAUUUUGCUUUUGCAAUCAAGCCUUAACUUUUCUCUUUUUUUCCCUCCCAACAUUGAGCUUCUCGAGCCAGUAAAAGGGUUUGAAAACUGGAUAAUGUUACAGAUACUUUCGUAACCCACAUACAUGAGAAUUUAGAUUUCUUGACUGGAGGCAUUGACAAAGGAUGCUGCACUGAAUCCUAGCAACAUCUGUUGGUUACUGGAGGGUGUGGGGCACUAUUUAUUAGUGGAACUGAUGCAAUAAAGUGUCAAGUACUUCCCUUAAA